AUGGAGUACAGACGGUUGAAGUAUGAGGAAUGUCGCGACGACGUCUCGAGCAUUCGCCGAAAAGUGUUCAUCGAAGAGCAAAACUGUCCGGAAGAGAUGGAAUGGGACGAGAACGAGGAGAAGGAUUCGCUCUAUUUCGUCGCUUUUCAAGGUUUUCAUUUUGACGUCGCCAAAGGAAACUAUUCUUUUUUUCAGGUGGAGUGGCCGUCGGGUGUCUUCGUUUGCGAAACAUUGAGCCGGAUUUGUUGAAAAUGGAACGAGUAGCGGUGCUGAAAGUGAAUAAAACAAAACAAGUGAUUAUCAAUCAAUAGCGCAACAAAUUUUAGGAACAUCGCCGUCGUGGCAUCGCUUCCGAAAUGAUACGAGAAGCGCAGAUUCACGCGCAGACUGAGGCGCCCGAGUCGUCGAUUUACGCGUACGCACAGGUCUCCGCCAUUCAGGCGUACGUUUCGCUCGGAUUCACGGUCGUGUCGAAGGUGUGGAUCGAGGACGGCACUUUCAUUCCGCAUCAGACCAUCAUCUGGGGAACUCCCGUCACGAUUGACGUGUUUUUGAAGCAUCAGUAUGUCGUUCUGUACUGUUUUCUAUCAUUGUUCUCUGCUUCAGAUCGAAGAAAAACGCGCAAAACUACGAAGAAUACGACGUCCGGGCGCCUGCAAUUCUUCCGAAAGUCCAAGCAUAUCUGGAGAGGCUCACGGUCAAUCAGUUUUAAAAAUUAUUUUAAAGGCAUAUACAGUUCUGUGAUUCAAAUUCCAUUGAUUGAUAAACAUUCCAUUGUUGGUGGCGAAGUUGAAAAUGCCGUUUUCAGGACGUGACUGAGUGCAAUGUGCUCAGUCUUCAUCUCCUGCUCGACGACGUUGUCGUGUCAAAAUUCGCUCGAAAAGGAUUGGCGAAGCUUUGUCGCUGUGUUGCCGAUUACGUGCAGUCGUUUGAAAAUCGCGAGCGGGUCGUGGAGCAAUCCGAUUUUUUGUUGAGACUCGCUGACACCAGACUCAACACUGGACACUUCAGUAAAGUCGACGAAAACUGGCGCAAGUUGUACGCUCUGAUCAGUUAUCUGCAAGCAUUUGUGCUGCUCAAAGAGAAUCGUUUAAAGGUUUGAGUUUUUCGCCCAUUAGAUAUCGGCCAAGUGCGAUUGUCCCUGGUCCCACAAAAACGUUCCAGAGUCGUAAUAGAAUCAGUUCAGAAAGCUGUGAUAAUCGCUGACAAGGGACUGUGCAUGGGCCGCAUCGACGAGAGACGUGUUCCGCUCCGUGCUCUCGCCGCGCUCAUUCACGAGCGCCUUCCGAAACCCGACCUGCCCAUCAAUCACUUGCCCGAGCGCUACUUCAAAUCAAUUGAAAAAGAGCAAAAGCUGAGUCCCAAUCAGAACUCGUCGCCAAUUGAAGAGUGCGAGAACGACGAAUCGACAUUUGUGCGGCUCGUGGAGGCGGUUGUCGAGAACAAGCCGCUGCUCGUCCGUCGGUUCGCUUCGGACAUGCCUGCCGUUGGAAAAUGGAAUUUGCGCUACUUGUACAGUCAACUACACACCCGAACUUUCCCAGUGGAGGUCGGCAAGAACUAUUCGGACGAGGAUUGGUCGCAAAGAAUGAUGACUUUCGCCGAGUUCGUCGCCAAUUCAGAGGUUCGAAAUGACAAAAAAAAAACGCAAGGAAAAAGAGAUUGUGACUUUCAGAACGAACAACUCUAUCUAGCUCAACACCGCCUUCUGGAUCAAGUUCCCCAUCUGAAUGCGGACAUCGUGUGCCCGGAUAUCUGCUUCGGAGAGUCGACGAACGUGCAAGACGUCGACAUGAACAUGUGGAUCGGUCCGGCAGGGACCAUCUCGCCGCUGCACACAGACCCGCGGAAAAACAUGUUUGUGCAAGUGCACGGAACGAAACUGUUCCGAUUAGUGUCACCGGAUGAGUCGGCGACUGUUUAUCCGAUCGAGGGCAUGCUAUCAAAUACUAGUCAGGUAUUUACGGAAAGCAUGGGAAUGCUGAAAAUAAUUCAUAAAAACUGCAGGUUGACGUCGAGAAUCCGGAUCUCUCGGAGUUUCCCGAGUUUGGCGGUGCACACGUGCUCGACGCCGUCGUCAACGAAGGCGACGCUCUGUUCAUUCCGGCCAAGUGGUGGCACUACGUCCGCUCCACAAAGUUCUCAGUUUCUAUCUCAUUCUGGUUCGAUUGA